AUGCGUGUGCACACCGGCGAAUGUCCCUAUGCAUGCGACUAUCCUGGGUGUGCCAAAGAGUUUACUGCAAGUGGUAGUUUGAAUAGACACAAACUAGUGCACACGGGUGAACGUCCCUAUGCGUGCGACUAUCCUGGUUGUGGCAAAGAGUUUAAUCAAAUAUGUCAUUUGAAACUACACGAACGCGUACACACGGGCGAACGUCCUUAUGCGUGUGACUAUCCUGGGUGUGGCAUGGAGUUUACAGCAAGUGGUAGUUUGAAUAGACACAAACUAGUGCACACGGGUGAACGUCCCUAUGCGUGUGACUAUCCUGGUUGUGGCAAAGAGUUUACUGCAAAUGAUAGUUUGAAUAGACACAAAUUAGUGCACACUGGUGUACGUCCCUAUGCAUGCGACUAUCCUGGUUGUGGCGAAAGGUUUAAUCAAAUAUGUCAUUUGAAACUGCACGAACGCGUACACACGGGCGAACGUCCUUAUGCGUGCGACUAUCCUGAGUGUGGCAUGUAG